AUGCAUCUCUUCCGUCGCGGGACUUCCUCCCUCUUUAGCUCCUCCAAUGUCUCUGCCGCCUCCUCCAGGACCGACAUCACCACCGACGCUGUGGGUGACAAUACCCUCGCUGCAGAUGGCUUCCAAAAAGUCUCGUCGAGCGAUAAGCUCUUCAAAAAGGUCGAUCCAGCGGUAGACGGCGAAGACUGCCUGCACGAUUGCGCGACAUGUACGAUCAAAUACCCCGCAAAAUUCGAUGUCGAUCAGCAAGACGAACUAUACGGACAAGUCAACGGAUGGGCGACACAUAUGCUCGUCGCAACGGGCAAGUCAGAUUGGGUGCGAGAUGUGGCAGACGAGAAAGGGAGCGUCAUGGAAGCCAUUGAGAAGGGAGGACUGGAACCGAGCAACGGGCGACUCAAGCUGUCAGCAUCCAAUAUGCCCGUCCCAGAUGAAUACCACAUAGCCGACGCAGGCAAGCAGCCCACCAACGUGCUCCUGCUGCCGAGCUUCACCGUCGUCGAGAACGUCACCCCACAGCUAGUUCCAGAUCUGAUCGAGAACUUCAUCAAUCGGACCCUAACAACAACGACGCCACUAGGUGCAAUUCCAGAGAAACCAACAGAGGCCGACCAAAACCAAGACCAAGACCCUACGCAAACAGACCUCCCACACCCAUCCACAACAUCAGUCCCCACCUCCCUCAAGUCCCACCCCAGCCCGCACGCAGCCGUAAUCCUGCUCUGCUCGCAGCGCACGCGUGAUGCGCGCUGCGGACAAUCUGCACCCCUCCUGCGCCGCGAGUUCGAGCGCCACCUGCGCCCACUCGGUCUAUAUCGCGACAUGGACGACCAACGGCCCGGCGGCGUAGGUAUCUACUUCAUCAGCCAUGUCGGCGGUCACAAGUACUCCGCGAAUGUGAUUGUGUACCGCCGCCGCAACUUCGAUUGGUACAAGCGGGAUGCUCCUGCGGACGGGGAGGGGCGGGCCCCUGAUGAGGGUGCGGCGCAGGGAAUCUGGCUGGCGCGUGUGCGGCCCGAAGAGUGUGAGAAUAUUAUUCGAUAUACGGUCUUGCAGGGGAAGUUGCUCAAGCCCGGGCAGCAGUUGCGGGCUGGGUUUGAUCGUGAGCGUGGGGUGACGAGUUGGUAA